UAGCCAUAUUGAGGAGAUAUUUCAUUUAAUUUACACAUCCAUGUACUUGGUGUUAAUAUGUGGUCUAUAAAUAUCAAACACCAUGGUUACUACUUGUUCAUCCCAAUUCUCUCAUCUUCCCAAGUGUGCCUCAAAAAUUAAAAAAAAAUAUAUAUAUGCUAAACUCUUCAAUACAUUAUAGGUCAAACCAAGCUUCGUUUGCGUAUCAAAAGUCAUUUAUUCAUAGAAAUGUUGAACCUGUAUUAGUCCAUCUACAUCAAGGGUUAAAACCAAAUCCUUCUCAUAUUGGUUUCACCAAUAAUCUCAGUGUUGUUAAAGAGUCAUCCUUUGCUAUGACUUCCAUCAACAGGCCAAUUUCAAUCAAAGUCGUGGUUACAAUCAAACAGUGCAUCAAUGAUUUGUUUCCACAUUUUGGGUUCAAACCAAGGCUCGACCAUAUCACUAAUUGGUGGCCAAGUCAAGCUCUUGGUUUGGAGUUUAUUAGCAAUGAGAUGGAUCCAACAACAGGAUUGGAGAAGGGAACAACAAAAGCUUAUGCAGAGAGAGUGAAGAGAAAGGAUAACGAGGUAAUUGUGUAUGAGACAAAGGUGGUAAUUCCAGCAGAUUUUGGUGCAAUUGGAGGAGUUUUGGUUGAGAAUGAACACAACAAAGAGAUGUUUCUUAUGGACAUUGUGAUUCAUGGAAUUCCAACACAAUAUCAUCUUCAUUUCCCAUGCAAUUCUUGGAUUCAGAGCAAAGAUAGAAGAAUCUUCUUCACCACUAAGUCAUAUUUGCCGUCAAAUACACCAGAUGGACUAAAGAGAUAUAGAAGAGAAGAGCUUAGAAAUUUGCAAGGCAAUGGAUAUAAGAAACAUGAGAGCCACCAUAGGAUAUACGAUUAUGACGUGUACAAUGAUCUCGGUGAUCCUGACAAAGGUGUUCACCAUUCAAGACCCAUUCUUGGUGGUAAAAAAUUUCCUUAUCCUCGACGUUGUAUGACGGGUCGUCCUCGAACCUCAUCAGAUUCAUUAUCAGAAGUCAGAAGUAUGGAGUUUUAUGUGCCACGAGAUGAAGCGUUCUCCAUAUCAAAACAGGGAAAUACAUUGAUGAAGGCAUUUAAUUCCAUGUUACAUGGCUUCUUAUUACCAGCUUUAGAGGACAACUUCAAUAAACAUUAUUCCACUCUCUUUGAAACAAAACAUGAUCGUUCUCCUUGUCCUAAACUUGUUCAAAUCCUUACUGAUAAGGCCAUGGAUAUCUUACUCUUGCAUUCUUCGCAGACAUCCUAUGGGGACAAAUUCUUUUGGUUUAGAGAUGAGGAAUUUGCUAGACAGACCCUUGCAGGUCUCAAUCCGUAUAGCAUAAGACUUGUCACGGAAUGGCCAUUGAAGAGUAAGCUUGACCCUUCUAUUUAUGGUUCCCCUGAAUCCGCAAUCACUGAUGAAAUAGUUGAGCAACAAAUAAAAGGAGUCAUGAGUCUUGAUGAGGCAUUGAAACAAAAGAAGUUAUUUAUAUUAGAUUAUCAUGAUGUGUUCAUACCAUAUGUAGCAAAGGUAAGAAAGCUGAAAGGGAGAACAUUGUACGGUUCAAGAACAUUAUUUUUCUUAAACCCAGAUAGCACUUUAAGGCCACUAGCUAUUGAGCUGAGCAGACCACCCAUUGAUAACGAACCACAAUGGAAAGAUGUUUUCACACCAUGUUGGGAUGCCUAUGGCCUUUGGCUUUGGAGGAUCGCCAAAGCUCAUGUUCUCGCUCAUGACUCUGGUCAUCACCAACUUAUUACUCAUUGGCUGAGAACUCAUUGCUGCGUGGAACCUUAUGUGAUUGCUACACACAGACAACUAAGUGCAAUGCAUCCUAUGUAUAGACUAUUGCAUCCGCACCUUCGGUAUACCAUGGCGAUCAAUGCAGCGGCUAGGGAAGCCCUUAUCAGUGUAGAAGGGCUUAUUGAGAAUAUCUUCUCAACAGGAAAAUAUUCUAUGGAAAUUAGUUCCUUGGUCUAUGACAAACAAUGGCAAUUCAACUUAGAAGCUUUACCUGCUGACUUAAUUCACAGGGGAUUAGCUGUUGAAGAUCCAAAUGCAGCUCAUGGUCUAAAGUUGAGUAUUGAAGACUACCCUUUUGCCAAUGAUGGGCUAAUUCUUUGGGAUGCCAUCAAAGAAUGGGUUACAGAAUAUGUAGAUCAUUACUAUCCCAACCCAAAUGUUGUGAAUUCAGAUGAUGAACUUCAAGCAUGGUGGACAGAAAUUCGAACUGUAGGCCAUGCAGAUAAAAAGGAUGAACCAUGGUGGCCAAUUCUCAACACUCCUAAAGACCUCAUUGACAUUGUCACAACCAUCAUCUGGGUCACUUCUGGGCACCAUGCUGCCGUUAACUUCGGACAAUAUUCUUUCGCAGCUAGUUAUUAUCCGGCUCGACCUAGUCUUACACGGCUCAACAUCCCUACAGAACAACCUAACUCACAGCUUUGGGAUUGCUUUCUUGAAAAUCCAGAAAACGUGUUUUUAGAAACUUUUCCUACGCAUUUUCAAGCGACGUUACUUUUGUCGAUUUUGAAGAUAUUGUCAUGUCAUUCUCCAGAUGAGGAGUAUUUAGGAGGGGAUAUGGAAGCAGCAUGGGAAGAUGAGGAUGUUAUAAAGGAAGCAUUUUAUAAGUUUAGAGCAAAACUGCAAAAUUUGGAAGUGAUUAUUGAUGAAAGAAAUGCUAAUCCUAAUUUGAGAAAUAGACAUGGAGCAGCUGGAAUUGGGCCUUAUCAACUUUUGAAGCCAUUUUCAGAGCCUGGUGUUACAGCUAGAGGGGUUCCUAAUAGUGUUUCCAUUUGAAUAUUUUCUUACAAAAUCGAAUAGUAAAAAGUCAUGUAAAUAAAAGUUAAUAUUAGUUGAGAAGAAAACAAUAUUGUGUAUAUGAAUGAUUUGAAAUGAUAUUAUAUCUACCAUUCUGUCUUGUUUUACCGUA